AUGCAUGCCAAAGAAGAACAAGAGACAGCUAUUUGCCAAAGGGAAUGGCUAUUACAUGACAUUAUGCCGCCAAUGUUGCAUCGAUUGAGAGAACAUCUCGAGACGAGUCUGAGUAUUCUGUCUAAGCAAACUAAGAUGGAUUCUCUACCUCUGACUACAUCAAAAAAUGACUCGAUAAAGGGCUUGAUUACCUUGAGUGGAACACAUAUCAAUACAGCAGAAUUGCAAAUCAAGUUGACUCCUCAUCAAGAGACAGCUGUCAAGGCAACCAUUGAAGAAACCGCACCUUAUUUCUUAGAGCAAGCACAACAAGGCAGAAAUUACAUUGGCUUGGCAACAAAACGUGUCAGGACCAUGUCAGAGCCCUUGACAAAACAAGCUGCUGUAGAGCUACUCGAUGAUUUGUGUAAGCUUAUUGAUCGUGCCCGGUCUUCAUUCGAAUAUCCUUCAGAAGCAGCCUUGUUUCCUUACAAAGUCUGUCAUCCAAAGUAUUUUAGCCCGCCAUUGAAGCAGGAUCUAGUCAUUGAAUUUUUUAUACAAGAUGUCUUUAUCGUCUGCAAUGUCUAUUGUCUUGAUUACAAUACCACGCGCGGAAACAAGUUUAGCUCAGACUCCCCAGUAUUCGUGUAUCCUUUAAUACGCACUAGUAUUGCUAUUUUAUGUUCAAAGCAUUAUGUACACAGAGAAAGUUUGAAUCUAUCAGACAUUCGUUCUGCGACUUACAAGGACAAGAAUGCAACAGUUGUAGAUCAGGCAAAGACAAAAACUCAGUCUCCAAUGUUGACCGAGCUCAAGGCAUCACUGCAGUCGAUUCGUGGACUCUGUCAGAUCUAUAAACAAAUGUUACUCCAAAUUGAAGUCUAACCAAAACCUGAAUAAAUAUAUGCACAUAUUAUACACACUGC